GCGAAAACUACGCGUGGAUUAUAAGACACAUCGCUGCUUUUUGGUCUUGAAGUAGAACCAAAAUUUAUCUAUCCCACAAAGUUGUAAACCUCAUCCAAAACAUUGAGCUUCUGGCAUUAAAGUUGUUCAAGCUUCAAAGUUGUUAAUCUUAGGAAAUGGUGCAUCUGUAUCAUGACCUUUUUGUGAAUAUUCUGAGUUCCGUUAUUAUAGUUAUUUCUUUGAGCGUUCCACAAGUCUAUGGUUUCGGCCAGUCCAAAGAAAGCGGACAUUUCCGUAGUAAACGGCAGACCUUCACACAAACCACCUACACCUUCACGCCCACCUCCUGUGCCGCCGGGGCAUCAGUGGGGACAGUGACAGCCACACCCCCCGCCGGUGCCACGCUCAUCUACCUCAUCUCCUCCCAACCGACGGCGGGACAGUUUGCCAUUAAUCCCACCACCGGCGCCAUAUCCUUCGUAAGUGCCGUGACAACCAACGGCGCUCCAGUAACGAUUCAGGUGACCGCCACAGCCACCCCGGCAGCCGGUACCGUGCCCACCGCUACCGUUACGAUUAACUUGGUCAGCUGCGGGGGACCGACAUUCACUCAAACUACGUAUAAUUUUGCUCCGACCACCUGCACGGUGGGCACGGCCAUCGGAUCGGUAUCGGCUUCGGCGGGUGGCGCCGCUGUACAGUAUGGAACGCUGAAUAGCCAGGUGGCGGUUAGUUCCACUACUGGAGCGCUGACCUUUACAACCGCACCGACGACCAACACGCCCAUCAUCGCUCUGAUAACGGCGACAACGGCAGCAACUGGGGUGGCGACUUCGACGGCGACGGUUACCAUUACGCCGGCCUGUACACUAGCCGGUGGCACCUUUAGCCAGAAUUCAUAUACUUUUACCGUGACGAACUGUGCAAUUGGCUCAACGGUCGGGACGGUUACCGCCAGUUUCGCACCCGGCACAACGGUGACAUAUUUUAUGUCCGGUGGGAAUGGAUUAUACCAAAUUGGCCAGACCACCGGUGUGAUAACCACAGCGGCGGCCUUACCGGUUGGCACGACAAACUUUAACGUAGCGGCUGUUGGUUCGAAUGGACAAAGCGCACAAGCACCUGUGUCCAUUAGCGCCACCUGUACCGGUACCGCAGGGGCUACUACCCUCGCCACGACUACCGUCGCCGGCUCUCCCGUAUUUUCGGCAUCGUCAUACUCGUUCAAUAUUCCGUGCAAUGUUGUCGGGUGGCAAUUUGUUGGUCUCCUCCAGGCGGCUAAUUCCGACAAAGAUCCCCUGAAUUACAGUCUACAGCAAGAUGUUAUUGGACGAUUUUUUGUUGAUCCAAGUUCUGGCGAACUGAAAACAAUGGGACCUUUGGCACAAGCGGGAACAUUCAGUUUGAUUGGACGAGCUUCGGAUCCUUGGGGCUUUAUGACAACUGUUCCGAUUACGGUUACCGUUGGCGGUGCGGCAUGCACAUCUUGACAUCUUUUUUCAAGUACUGCGCUCGCUCCAUUAAUUUUUCAUCCGGAAAGGACUGAUUAUACAGAUAAUUUUGUGUAUCUUUUCUUGCUACUCGAACACAAAUUCCAGACAAAUACAAAUAUUUGUUUUAGAUUUUGUCUUUUGUAUGUAUUUCCAGUAAGC